AUGUCCCUCAAAGAAUUAUUGCUUCAUGUUUCGGAAAUAUGGUCAGACUUUCAAAUUGAACAAUUCACAACAAUUCUUUGGCACAUUUGGAAUGAGAGAAAUAAGGAAAAAUAUGGCAGCAGUACUAAACCACAUGAUAUGCUAUUAUACUGUGCUCUAUCCUAUUUGGAAGACUUCCAAGCAGCCCAGAAAUCGAACAAUGCAGCAACUGCUGCUGUAUCUCUCAACAAUAUACAACACAAACAUGAAGCUUCUUGGCUGAAUCCUCCUACGGGUAGACUUAAAUUAAACACUGACGCUGCUGUCAACAAAGGAACUCAAAUAACAAGCUGUGGAGCAGUUCUUCGCAACUCUGCUGGUGACAUCGUUGCAGCUUUUUCCAAGCCCGUUAUAGGCUCUUUUCGGCCUGAGGUGAUGGAAGCUUUAGCCUUGAUGUAUGGGUUGCAAUGGUUAAUAGACAAUCGUCUGAAUGUACACUAUAUUGAGACUGACUCUCUUAUAGUGGCCAAAGGUUUGCAAUCACGAUCUGUCCCAGUUUCUGAUUUCCAUUGUCUUUUAUCAGACAUUACGAACCUAGUGUCCAACUUCCCUGGAGUACAGAUCUCUCAUGUAUACAGAUCUUCUAAUUCGGCAGCUCAUUUGCUAGCCAAAUUGUUCCUGGUCGGAGGAAAUGCCUCCCCCGUUAAAUGCUUUUGUAUUAUAAAUGCUUAUUUAAUAUAA